GUCGUGUUUCAGGAUCGCCACAUUAAUAAAAUCAGUUUUGUAACGCUGUGCUGUUUAAAUAAAGUUUACUGCGGGUGUGUGCGGCGUUGGCCUGCAGGGGGCGGUAGCGGCGGGUCUGUGACGUCACUCUUCAUCAUGGCGGACUGGAACAGAGGACAUGGGGCAGUGGAUGACCUCCUGGAUGCUGAAAACAAGCUGCUGGCUGACAACCUGGCAACCAAAGUGUCCAGACUGAAGUCGCUGGCAUACGACAUCGACAAGGAGGCCGAGGACCAGAACCUGUACCUGGACAGCAUGGACUCUGACUUCCUGAGUGCGACAGGGCUGCUGAGCGGCAGCGUCAAGCGGUUCUCCUCCAUGGUGCGUUCCAGCCGGGACAACCGCCGCAUCCUCUGCUACAUGUCUGUGGGCCUGGUGCUGCUCUUCUUCCUGCUCUACUACCUGGUGUCCCGGAUCCAGGCCUGAGGCCACGCCCCCCGCGGUCAGUGUCCCGGAUCCAGGCCUGAGGCCACGCCCCCUGUCACCAUGGAAACAUCCAGAACACCAGAGACCCCAGUGGUGCUGGUGAUGUGGAUCGGGGUCUGGAGUCGGGACGCCCCGGGGGGGCAGGGGGACAUGAUGGGACGUCAGAAUCUGACAGGAAACUUCCUGCUUCACCUCCAAAGUGAAAAAAACACAAAUUAGAGAAACAAACCAAUCAAAAGCCUCACUUGAGUUUGGCUGCAGUUUGGCUGGCAGCCAGCAGGGGGCGCCACAGACUGGCACAGGAAGAUCUGAUCAGGUCUUCCACUCCGCCACAAACAGGUUACUGAUAUUACCAGUGUCAUUGAUUAUUAUUGAUUAUUAUUGAUAUCAGGGUUAGGCUGCUGUCUUUGCUCAUAUGACAUGAAACUGGUACUGCUGAUGACAUCAUGAUGACAUCAUCAGCUGUCAGAUUCCUGUGUUGGAGUCGCUUUGUGCAGCUGCCAUCUCAGUUUUAUGAGAGUUUAUAUGUUAUGAUAUAUAUUUAUACCAGAGAUCAGAUGGGAGCUAAUGUGCUUAUUUUAUUUAAUUUUAUUUGUAGAAUGCAGGCAGGCAGACAGGCAGACAGACAGACAGACAGACAGACAGACAGACACACAGGCAGGCAGGCAGACAGACAGGCAGGCAGACAGACAGGACGCUGAACAGGUUAUCUGAUGUGGUUUGGGUUUUUGGGGUUUGGUUUGGUGUCCCUGAUCUGCUUUUCUGAAUAUAAUUUAUAAUAAACUUUAGGACGACACCUAGUUAUGGUUUACAGGGAAGUACAGUUGAUUUAUUAAUAUGUCUGUAUAUAUACAUGUUUUGUUUUGUUUUGUUUUUUUUAACAUGAAUAUAGAGGAGCGGUGAGUAUUAUGAUUUCAUGCUUUCUAACAUUCCUGUUGUGUCUCAUAUCAGAGGGAGAAUAUGGAGACGUGACAUGUAAUCUUGUUAAUACAGGAGAUGAAUAAAGGAUUUUAUUUCUGCA